AUGGCGGUGUUGAUGGAAACUUCGUUAGGGCAGAUUGUAUUUGAUUUGUACUGUGAAGAAAAGCCAAGGACGUGCAUGAACUUUAUAAAACUCUGUAAAAUGAAACACUUCAACUUCUGCCUUUUUCACUGUGUACAGAAAAAUUUAGUGGCUCAAUCUGGUGAUCCUAGUGGCACAGGCCGGGGUGGUUGGUCGUUUUUCAGAUACUUAUACGGUGAACAGGCUAAAUUUUUUGAUGCUGAAAAGAAACCAAAGAUAUCACACUCAAGAAAAGGGCUGAUAUCAAUGGUUGACAACGGUGCGGGACAACAUGGCUCUCAAUUUUUCAUAACACUGUCAGAUGACCUCAACUAUUUAGAUGAUAAGCACACAGUUUUUGGUUAUGUUGCUGAAGGCAUGGAUUUCGUCCACAAGAUCAAUGAAGUAUACUGUGAUAAAGAUGGACGGCCGUUCCGAAAUAUCAGAAUACACCACACGUUUGUUCUGGAUGAUCCAUUUGUUGAUAUCAAAAGAAUAAACUAUCCUGACUCACCAGCAUCAAUGAAUAUAUCAGCGCUUGAUACUCGAUUGGAAGAGGAUGAAGAGUUGGAUGAUACAGAAGGACUUUCACCUACACGGUUGGAAGAACUCAAAGCAGAAGAAGAAAUCAAAACGCAUACUCAGCUUCUUACAUUGAUAGGGGACUUGCCAAAUGCAGACGUGAAGCCACCAAACAAUGUAUUAUUUGUAUGCAAACUUAAUCCUGUGACUACGAGUGAGGACUUGGAAAUCAUUUUCAGUAGAUUUGGUGAGAUUAAGUCAUGUGAAGUGAUCAGGGAUAAACGCACUAAUGCUUCUCUUCAAUACGCCUUUAUUGAAUUUGAAAAAGAAACUGACUGUGAAGAUGCAUAUUUCAAAAUGGACAAAGUUGUUAUUGAUGACAGGCGUAUCCAUGUGGAUUUCAGUCAGUCGGUCGCUCGAGAAUGGCAGUUAUAUAGAAAGAACACAUUUGUACCCGGUCAACACAAAAUUGUUCCAAAGCAUAGGGAAUCAAGAGAUGCAAAGCAUCAUCAUCCACCUAGGUCAUCUGAGGGACAUACUGACAAAAGAAAACAUAUCCUUCAGAAUUCUUCUCACAGUCAUGAACACAAGAAGAAAAGAAACAGUCCAAUAAGACGUUAUUCCCCUCCAUUGCUAGGAGAAGGUUAUGAUUUAGUGAUCUCAGAAGAGUCCGAUUCGUCAUCCUCAAGUUGUUCUCAGCAUAAAUCCAAGAAAUCACCCCAUAAAUCACAUAAGUCAUCUAAAAAGCAUCACAGAAAACAUAAAGAAAGGAAAAGCAAACACAAAAAGCAUCAUUCACCAUAUUGA